AUGGCUCCGAAUUAUGCCAAUAUUUUUAUGUCCAUUCUUGAAUCCAAACUCAUUGCUUCAUUCCCUCGUAAACCUCUGUUCUACCGACGUUACAUUGACGACAUGUUCAUAAUUUGGCCACACGGAGAAUUCAACCUUAAGACAUUUAUGGAUCAUGUGAACAACUUUCACCCUCAUAUUAAGUUCACAUCUGAAUAUUCUCACACAUCCAUACCUUUCCUGGAUGUAGCAGUUACCAUCAAUAACAAUCGUAUCUCCACAUCUUUGCACUCUAAAUCCACAGACAGUCACGCAUACUUAAACUUUCACAGCUCACAUCCAUUAGGUCUGAAAAAGUCUAUAAUAUUCAGCCAAUGCCUCCGUAUCAAACGGAUAUGCUCAGACAUUAAUGAUUACAAUUUCCAUGUUAACAACCUAGCGGGAUUUUUUCUCAGUCGUGGCUAUCCUCUUAACCUCAUUAAAUCCCAAAUUACUAAGGCAGCAAGACGUUCACGGCAAGACCUCUUAUCUCCUAAAAUCCGCCCCACAUGCAAUCGCAUUCCCCUCAUCCUUGAUUUUCACCCCUCCAUCACGUCCUUAUCUAGAACUAUUAGAAAUGACUUCACCCCACUUCAACGCAAUGAAUCCACCCGACUCCUAUUUGACCAACCGCCGUUACUCGCAAGCCGUCAACCCCCUAACCUCAAAAUGAUCCUCACAUCCUCAUGCUUGUCACCACCUAAAAGAGGCAACUCUAAAUGCAACAAACCACGAUGCAUGAUCUGCAAACUACUCAUCACUGACACACAAAUUAAACUACCCCACUCUUCUCAUACCAUUCAUCCUCCUGCCCUGACUUGCGAUUCUUCUAAUGUCAUAUACCUCCUCACUUGUUUCAAAUGUAACAAAGGGACCUACAUCGGGGAAACUGGCGCUAAAUUUAGAUUAAGAUUUAACAAUCACAAACAAAGCAUCCGCAAAGGUAACACAGACGGCUUUCAUGUGGCCGAACAUUUCAACUCUCCUGACCACAACAUCAACGACAUUCGCUGUGCACUCAUUGCUUGCAAUUUCAAAUCACUCAAAGAACGACGUCAAUCUGAACUGAAACUCAUAAUGAAAUAUAAAACACACAUUUUUGGUCUUAAUAAAGACCUGGGUAUCAUUAGUGACAACACCUUCCCCCAUGCUGAUUCUGCUAAUUAA